AGAACAUUAGUGAGAACACGAUUCAAUUUCAAUUCUCUCUUUUAAACCCAUCUUCUCUCUUCCACAUUCUCGCUCUCUCUCUCUCCCUUCGCCUUUCCUUUUUGGUCGUUAAAACUUAAAAGAGAACUCUUUGCUCUGAAUCUUGAAAAAUGGAUCCUUUGUUCAAACUCUUCUUCUCCCUCUUCCUCUUUUUAUUAACUUCGCUCCUAUUUGGAGAAAUCAGUGGAGUUGAGGGUUCCAAUCAAAAUCAUCACUUGUAUGCAUUUAGACCAUCGAAGCUGUUUGUGUUCGGAGAUUCUUAUGCCGAUACAGGAAACAUUAAGAAGUCUCUCGCUAGUUCUUGGAAAUUCCCUUACGGUAUCACUUUCCCCGGUAAACCCGCCGGCCGUUUCUCCGACGGCCGCGUUGCCACCGAUUUUCUAGCAAAAUUCGUGGGUAUAAAGUCACCAAUCCCAUACUUCUGGAAAGAUUACGCGGGAAAGAAACGUCUACAGUACGGUAUGAAUUUUGCGUACGGAGGAACCGGUGUCUUCAACACUCGGACUCCAUUGCCAAACAUGACCACUCAGAUCGAUAUCUUCCAGAACCUUCUCACCGCCGGCGACAUCUACUAUCCUUCGGAGCUUACUUCCUCCGUUGCUCUCGUCAGUGUCGCAGGCAACGACUACUCCAACUUCAUCGCCCUAAACCGCCCUGCCUCUGAGUUCCCAGCAUUCAUAAAGCAAGUUGUGGAUCAAACAGAGGUGAAUUUGAGGAGGAUCCACGCUUUGGGAGUGAAAAAGAUAGCAGUACCAUCGCUGCAGCCGCUUGGUUGUCUCCCUCCCCUCACCGCCGCAUCCUCGUUCCAGCGUUGUAACGAGACACAAAACGCUUUAGUCAACCUCCACAACAACUUAUUGCAACAAGCUGUGGCAAAGCUUAACAGCGAGACCAAGCAGUCGACUUUCAUUAUUCUUGAUCUUUAUAAUGCUUUCUUGACUGUGUUCAAGAACAAAGGAGCUAAUCCAGGGAGUACGAGGUUUGAGAGUCCGUUGAAGCCAUGUUGCGUAGGUGUGAGCAGAGAGUAUAACUGUGGAAGCGUGGAUGAGAAGGGAGUGAAGAAGUACAUGGUAUGUGAUGAUCCUAAAACUGCUUUCUUUUGGGAUGGACUUCACCCUACUGAAGAAGGAUGGAGAUCGGUUUACUCGGUUUUACGAGAAAGUCUUACCGCGUCUUUGAUUAAAGCCUGAGAAACAAAACACAACAAACAAACACACAAUUUCUCUUAGGUUUCGUCUUAUGAAGCUCAAUGCUUGAGCUCUCUGUUUCUGUUUUUUUUCAGUAUCACUUCAUUCAUUUUGUGUUUGUGUGUGUUAAAGAUUGUGUGACUAAUAAAAUCUCUAAACUUGUUCA